AUUUGUAUCUAAUAAAUGUAUAGAUACGGUACGGAGUGUCGGUUUGCCAAUAAGCAAGAGAGUGGAGGCGGGCGUGGGUGUGAGUCGGCGGUGGCGGGGCGCUGGGCGGCGCGGGCAUGGUGUCUUGGUGGGCGGCGCGCGCGCACUGUUGCCCGACACGCGAAUCGACUCGCACGCGCACGUGCACGCAUGAAGACCGAGGACCAAACCACUGAAGAGGCGGCGCGGCGCGCGCCUGCCACCAGGCGACAGGAAAAGCCACCUUACUCGUAUAUAGCAUUAAUCGUGAUGGCUAUCCGACACUCGCCAAAUAAACGACUCACCCUCAGCGAAAUAUAUACCUUUCUCCAACAACAGUUUCCAUUUUUCCGAAGUUCCUAUCAGGGCUGGAAAAACUCGGUGCGUCACAAUUUGAGCCUGAACGAAUGUUUCGUGAAGUUGCCGAAGGGCCUCGGGCGUCCGGGGAAGGGCCAUUAUUGGACAAUCGACCCGUCAUCGGAAUUUAUGUUCGAGGAAGGGUCUUCGAGACGACGACCUCGCGGGUUCCGUCGUAAGUGCCAGGCGCUGAAGCCCCAGUUCGGGGGUGGAGGAUAUUUGUAUGGUGGUGGAGUGCCAGCGCUUCCGCCUUCUCAGCCGACGGGUUACGAGCUGGCUAGCGGUAGCAGCGCCGGCGGGAGCGGUAGCACGGCGAUCGACUACGGAGCAUGUGCUUACACGCACACCAGUUCGACGGGCCAGCAGCUGGCAUAUGGAAGCGAGUACUGCACAUACGGAUCUAUGAGCGAACGCGAGUGGCCGCUCCCCUAUAGUGGUGUGGAAGCUGGGUACCGGCCACCGCCUUCUUCGCCGCCCUCACAUCAUGACUUGCCUGAUCUCAUACCCAACUACCAGUAUGCUGUUACUAAUGACCAUGGUACAACGCCUAUGUUUGCGGGUAUGCGUGGCGUCCACGGCCAGAUGCUCUCUGGAAGUACCUUGGGGGGAUCCUCUAUCAGUGGCCUAGGAAGCUUUGGACUAUCCUCAUCACUCUCCACCCUGCCUCCAGAACGUAAGGUGUACACCACGCCGCCACCGACGCCUUUGCCGACGUUGCCUUCACCGGCGUCCCUUACAACCACGCCUGCACCACCAGCUACCACGUCUGCGUCAGUUCACAGUUAUUAUGAACAUAUGAAAUAUUAGGAACCUAAGGUAUCUCACACAAUGCGUAUAGCUCCGUUGACGGACCGCAACGGACCGCUCGCCCUCGGCGCCUGUUCCGUCCUCUUCGCCUCCGUCAACUUUUUUUUGUGUACGUUUAUAUCACCGUAUUUGGUUGAAAAUGUUUUAAAAAGCAUAAAUCUGCAUUCAAAUAUUUUUAACACAAAAAAUUUACUUGUCGACAUUUCGAUCGAAGAUUUGCAGAGACAGACGUAAAGUCGGAUUAAGCGGACCGAUUAUUGAUUAUUAGAAUUUAGUUCUAAUGAACUAUUCGGUCUUUGCAUCGCUUGUAGUAGAAAGUAUAAUGUUGAAAAAAAUCUUUUUACGGUGAUAAUAUUUUACUCCAACUAAAUUAGUUUAGUAUUAAGUGAAAUAUAGCUACGUCAGAUCUUCAUCAGGUUCCUAAAUUGACCUAUACUUUGGUACAUUUUAUUAACAGUUACAAAGACCGCUUUAAGUUGGUUUUAUUUUUUACGGUUAUAAAAAAAAAACUCUUAAAAAUAGGAAAGUCCUGUAUAAGGGUUGAAAUGUAUUAGAUAAAAUGUUAGAUUAAUUCACAAAUGAUGGUAGAAUUAAUCGUGUCUUUUGCAGUCAAGUAAUCAAGAAUAGCUUGGUGGUUAAUAAUAGGAUUCUAAAACAAUUCCUACUUAUUUAAAUGAUAUAAUUUCCCAUUCAAGUUCUUGAAAUAGAUAACUUGGUAAUUUCAUAAAUUUAUUACUUAUUAUUACUGAACAUACGUCUCCUGCAAAGUUAUCUAAGCUGAUCAAUGAUAUGCUUAAAAAAAGUUAAUUACAUACUUCUUCAAAAAAAUAUUGGCUCUGUUCACAUAUUUAUCUUCGGGUUUGCGCAAUUAGUUUAGGACUCGAUAAGACCUCCUAUAAACCGCGUUUGAAAGCAGUCAAGUAGUAUCUAAGACAAAUAUGUGAAUAAAUCAAUUAUAAAUAAAAGUUAGUGUGAAAAUAGGUAUUGGUUAUUCGAUAGUAACAUGUUUGUUUAUUCUAAUAAUCCUGUAAUAGAAUAUAAACAAAUCAUAUGAAGAGACCCAUAUUAUAAAGUCUUAUAGAAAACUGUCAAUUAGAUUUAAGUAUUCUUUUCUUUUUAAGAUAUUCAUUUUUAUUCUCCUGAUAUUUUGAAUUUCGACGAUGCUGCAUGCUAACCUUAUUUGGGAUUCAGGACAUUUUUCUUAAUAAAUUCAUAAAUUACAUACAGGUAAUAAGUGCCAGUUUCAAAUUUGUUGUACUUUAUAUUUAAUUAGAAAUGCAAUGUGUGUUUCUGUACAUCGUUAUGUCUGCUGGAUUCCAAACAGAACUUUAGAUUACCUGCUUCUGCAUUAUAUUUUAGAUACAUUGACAAUUUUGUAUAGAAAUCUUAAUUGCAACUCUAGCGAAUCCAUAGACAAAAUAUAACAUACUUAGAGGAGCAUUUCGACAAUGAAGAUUUCCAUUUAAUUAAAAAUAUAUAUCAAAGAACUAUUAAUGUGGAAUGACGCAUUUUGCACAUUGUGAUAAUUAACGAGUGUUAUCGCGUUUUUAUGUUACUUCAUUUAUUAUAAGUGUUUUUUAUUAUUACCUUUAUAAUGUAAGGCUUUAUGGAACUUAAAUAUUUGUGUUUUAGUUCAACAACAAUUUUACAAUUUUAAAUAACAUUAAAAAAAUAUUCUGUAAGUUCACUAUCAACUAUAAAUUCUGUUAAAUUAAUUCUAAUCGUAUUUCGUAAACGAGGGGCUAAAAUCUCGUUUACCUACGGCGGGAUUUUAAGAUUUAUUUUUUCGAUGAAGUAAUUUGAAUUUUUAAAGUAUUUAACCCUUAAAAUAGCAACAAGACAGUAUUUAGUAGAAAACCAUCUAUAUUUUUUAAUUACUUUGAUUUAAAAUUAAUUGAAAAGGUAGCUGUUGCUUAUAUGAAAAACUUAAUUAAUUGCUAGUGAAAGGACAACUAUUUCAUAUAGGUAGGUUCUUAUAAAUUAAAAUAUAAGAUUAUAGUACUAUAAAAUAUAAUGGUAUAUGCAAAUACAUGCCAACAUAUGUUAGUAUGUGAAGCUUUAUAUUUUUAAUUGCUUUCGACCCUCUAUAACUUAGAAAAAAUUGUUCUGUUACAUUGAUAGAUAACAUUUUUAAAAAGAUACAAAUUACGAUUUGAACAUACAGUAAGCUUUUUGAUAGUUUGAUAUAAAUUAUCAAAUUUUUUUGCUGGUAACUGAAAAUUUGUUAAAAUAGUGCGAAAAUCCGCAUGCAUAGGUAUAUCAAUUUUAAUAUGUAUAUUGUUAAUAAAUAUCAUGAAGUAGGUAAAAAUUUCUGUAUUUUAUUGGAUUAAGUACCUAACUACAUAAUUAGGUGCAAGCGAAAGAAUGUACCCUGGAUAUCAGUCCAGCAAAAGUAUUAUAAUUAUAUAAGUUUUUUUCUUUCAUUCUAUUUGAAAUAAGAAAUAAGCUGAAAGCUCAUCUGAUCGACAACCGUCGCUUAUAGAUUUGAGACCACUACGAACAUCGACACUGACGAUGACCAUGGUCCAUACCCCUCAUGCAUUGCCAAUUAGAAUAUAGUUACAUACUAAAAACUACAACUAUAGAUAUCUAUCUGGUGAAUAUUAUUCUAUCUAUGUACAAAAUUAUGUUCACGUCAGUGAUGUUUUAGGGACGUAUAGGCCGAGAGAGAGAAUUAUUUUGUGAUUCAGUAUCUAUAAUAUUUACCUUCUAUUUUAUAAGAAAAAAUUAUUAGCAAAUAUGAAAAUAAUACUUACCCAUUUUAUUGUAACUCCGAACAAUACAGGAAUGAAACGAAAUCAUGAAUAUCUUUUCAAUGGAAAGUUCAGUCGGAGAAAUUGAAGAUUUUUGUGUAAAGAAACAUAUACAUAGGUCGAAAAAUAUCAAAAAAUGUUGAGUUUCCUACAGCUAUCCGUCUAAUUUGACAGCAUGACAUACUGUAUUAGUGUGGAUUUUAAUCUUUUUGGAUGUUUUACGACCUAUAUUUUUUUAGGAAAAACGGUUAAUUUUAUUGGUAGAGACGAUUCAACUUAAUGAUUUCAGUUUUACCCUGUAAAUUAUACUUAUUAUUGAUUAGGUUAAACAUUACUAGAUACUUAGUAGACACAAAUAAUUUCUUAUUGAAAUGAUAUUAUAAAAAGGUAUCUCAAAAUUUUAUUAAGAUAUAGUCGAUACUUCAAUUACGAUUUAUUUUUGUUUAGAUUUUAAACAUUACUUACUUUGUAAGCUGUUUUAAAUAAAUUAUCUUUUAUUU